GGAAGACACCGAUCAACGAACAACUCUGUAGUGCUGUGGGAACUUCAUAGGGUCUGUACGAAAUCAGCUGAUCGUCAGAGAGAGCCUGUUGACGAUAAGCCCCCCUCGUUCAACUUGUCCUUUAUCGUCCGGAUGUACUGAGACUCGUUUAUUCCAGCAGCUGUCACCCACGGCGUGACUUUCAUUUCAAGCUCUUUUCGUUAUUGGCUCUCUUUGAUUCUGUUACACGCAGUUAUUUUGAUGAAUGUAUGAACCGGUAACAUUUUAUUGUUGAGCUUGUAUGGAAAAUACUCCUUUAAAGACCAACCGCAUGCCUUACUUCAAUCGAUACCAGGCCAUGGGUAGACAAGAUCUAGAAGAGUCACAACGGCUAAGGAGAGACUCGGAUAGUUCAGAUAACCCAGAGCAUGACUGCAUCAGCCUAGAUAUUCAAAGACAUCCUGAGGAAAACAACAUGCCUUCUCCUGUUGUGGGAGAAAAUGAAGAUGUUAUCCCUGGUUUGGGGCAAUAUGAUGACUUUCAAACCAUAGAUUGGCAAAGAGAUCUUGCCAGGGAUCGCAUGAGACACAGAUAUAUAGUAAAACACAAGAAGGACUCGGUUUGGGAUUUUAUCAAAGCUGCCCACGAUGCCUGGUCAGGGUGGAUGUGUCUCUUCCUGGUUGGAUUGGCUGCUGGAACGGUUGCUAGUAUCGUUGAUAUUGGAACGACGUGGAUGACCGAUUUGAAAUAUGGAAUCUGUCCUGAAGCUUUUUGGUUGGACAGAGAACAAUGCUGUUGGUCAUCCAAUCAAACGGCUUUCGGAUACGACAACUGCUCACAGUGGUUGACGUGGCCCAAACUGGUCGGACUCUCCGAUGAAAGUGCUGGUGGUUACAUCAUCGCCUAUAUUUCUUACGUCCUUUGGGCAUUGUCUUUUGCAGGACUCGCCGCCGUUCUCGUCCGUAUGUUUGCUCCAUAUGCUUCAGGCGGUGCAAUUCCUGAGAUAAAAACGAUCUUGAGUGGCUUUAUUAUUCGUGGUUUUUUGGGGAAAUGGACCUUGCUUAUCAAAUCGAUCGGCAUUAUGCUAUCGGUAGCAGCCGGCCUUAGUGUCGGUAAAGAAGGACCUAUGGUCCAUAUCACCAUUUGCAUAGGCAACAUUCUUUCCUACCUCUUCCCGAAAUACGGUCGAAAUGAAGCCAAGAAGCGAGAAAUCUUGUCGGCAGCCGCAGCGUCGGGCGUAUCCGUCGCUUUCGGUGCACCAAUUGGAGGCGUGCUUUUCAGUUUGGAAGAAGUCAGCUACUAUUUUCCCAUGAAAACUCUGUGGCGCUCAUUUUUUUGCGCUCUGAUUGCCGCUUUCGUAGUCCGCUCUAUUGAUCCUUACGGCAAUGAACAUUCCGUCCUGUUUUACGUGGAAUACAGCAAACCGUGGAUCUUUUUCGAGCUGCUUCCAUUCAUUCUUCUCGGCGCUAUCGGAGGUCUUAUUGGAACCUUGUUCAUCCGAGCAAACAUUUGGUGGUCAAGAUAUCGUAAACAGUCACGCAUCGGACAGUACCCGGUUACAGAAGUCAUCGUCCUGACACUUAUUAAUGCGGUCAUCUCCUACCCCAAUCCGUACACCCGUAUGAGUUCCACGAGGCUGAUUUACCUCCUUUUCAGUCAAUGCGGAGUAGCCAACAACGAUUAUCUAUGUGAUUACAAUCGGAAUUACACCAACGUUAACGGAGCUAUUGAGAGCGCAGCUGCCGGAACAGGCGUCUACACUGCCCUGGCUCUUCUUUUCCUGGCGUUAGUCUUCAAGAUUGUCAUGACCAUUUUCACGAUUGGCAUUAAAGUACCCGCCGGAUUGUACAUUCCGUCGCUCUGUAUGGGGGCGAUCGUGGGACGUAUCGUUGGCAUAGCAAUGGAGCAGUGGGCCUACCAUUAUCCACAGUUUUGGGCCUUCAGGGGUGAAUGUUCUACUGGAGAUGAUUGUAUAACUCCCGGGUUGUAUGCGAUGGUGGGAGCGGCUGCUGUUCUUGGUGGAGUUACACGAAUGACUGUGGCUUUGGUGGUUAUUAUGUUUGAACUCACCGGAGGCGUUAGGUAUAUCGUCCCGCUGAUGGCGGCAGCUAUGGCUAGCAAAUGGGUGGGCGAUGCUUUCGGCAAGGAUGGCAUUUAUGAUGCACACAUAGCUUUAAAUGGAUAUCCAUUUCUGGACAACAAAGAAGAGUUUGAUUGUACCACCAUCGCAGCCGACGUGAUGCAGCCUCGAGGGAACGCUCCACUGACGGUCCUCACUCAAGAUUCUAUGACACUGAGCGAAGUGGAAAGCAUUUUAGAAAAUUCCAAACACAAUGCCUUUCCAGUCGUUAUUUCUCGGGAGUCCCACUUUCUGGUCGGCUGUGUGUUGAGACGAGAUCUGAUGUUAGCCAUAGGAAGUGUGCGCCGCAAACAAGACGACAUCAGCGAUGAUUCGCUUGUGAUCUUCAACGGUUUUGUGCAAGGAAACCCCUCGGCUUCAUCGCCCGUAAAAUUGCGACGCAUUUUGGAUCUCGCUCCCAUCACCGUUACGGAUCAUACGCCGAUGGAGACAGUCAUUGAUAUGUUCAGGAAAUUGGGACUGAGACAUGUUCUAGUAACUCACAAUGGGCGACUAUUGGGAAUCAUUACAAAGAAGGAUGUCAUGCUUCACAUGUCACAUCACCAGAGGACUAUACCUUCCGUUUUCCAUUAAAAAUUCAGGUUCAUCUUUCGUUUAGUUUUGAAUGUCUGCUAAAAAAUUAUAUUUUCACUGUGCAUGAAAUUUCCGUCGAUCGUCAUCUACGUGCAAUGUUUGUUUGUUGUUUUUUUCUUUGCCGGCCAUCCACUCACAUUGUGCAAAUUCUACAAAAAGGAAAGGUUUCUAGUCGACCUUGUUUACAUCAACUGCUUAAAUUCAAUGGAAAAUUAUCUUUUUUUACAAUUGGUAUAGCGGGGCCGCUUUUCUUGAGCUUUUUCGGCUAAAUGAAACUUGCGCGUUUUCUUCGUCGAUGUUACGAGGAUGUUUGAAAUAAAAAAUAUAUAUAUUAUUCAGAAAAA